AUGGCCAUCCUUGCAUUGUGCCUCGUCCGCCUCCGCCACGCGCCUCCUCUGCCGCGGACUCCAGCAGCUUCAUCGCCAGAGUCCCUGAACUCUCGCUUUCUUUUUAAUCCCCUGCAUCGCAUCACCGCCUCCGAAACCACCACCAAGGACGUAAAGGAGAAGAAGAAAGUUGUGGAAGAGGCCGAAAAUGGAAGGGACGCCCCUGCUAACGGGAAUGCUAAUCAGGAAAAUGGGGAGCAGGAGGCUGGCAAUGAGGUGGAUGAAGAAGGUGGGGAGGAAGAGGAGGAGGAGGAGGAAGAAGGUGACGCUGAGGAAGAGGAUGGAGAUGAAGAUGAGGAAGCUGAGUCAGCUCCGGGCAAGCGGGCAGCUGAAGGCGAUGAGGAUGACGAUGUCGAUGCCAAGAAGCAGAAGACCGACGAGGAUCACCAGACAGCAAAAAAGGAAAAGUUAAACUCAAAGAAAGGCCGCCGUGACCUGUUGACCCUCCACUUCCGGUCUCAGAAUCUAAACGUGGUCGCCUUCGGGUAG